AUGGCUGUUACGAGAAACGUAGUACCCUUCGGGUACAAAAUCGAGACCAUCCAUGUCAUGUGGGUCGCUGUUCUGCUAUGUACUGUGUUAUACGCGACUUAUCAUGUUAUUUACAACGUGUGUCUUCACCCGUUGGCUGCCUUUCCUGGCCCUUUCUGGGCAAGGGCAUCUUUGGUCAAGCUUUGGCGAAUCCGUCAUUCCAUGAGUGGUCAUUUUCACCUGGCAAUUCAGAAGCAACACGAACGUUUGGGUCCUGUGGUCAGAAUUUCUCCAAACGAGCUAUCCUUUGCUUCGGUGCAGUCAUGGAAAGAUAUCUAUGGCCACGCAGUAGGGGGGAAGCAAACCAUGAAGAAGAGCGAAUUCUAUGAUAUGUACGGAUCUGGUUUUGAAUCUCUUUGUGUCGGUAGUGAGAGGGACCCCAAAAAGCAUUCGCAGAUGAAGAAGAACCUGUCGGCGUCUUUUUCAACCAAAGCACUUACGCAGCAAGAGAGCAUAGUCCAUAGCGUUGUCGAUGGCUUUAUUGGUAGACUCGAGUCCAACGGGACAUCCGAAAAGGGUUUAGAUAUGACCAAGUGGUUUGAAAUGGUUGCGUUUGACAUUCUCGGAGAAAUGGCGUUUGGAGAGAGCUUCCACUGCAUAGAGACAGGAAAGUCUCAUUUCUGGUCUGAUAUGAUUGUGGAACAUCUCUUCUUUGUCACAGUUCUCGACAACCUUCGCCGAUACCCCAUUUUGGAUGCUCUUGGAAGAAGACUGCUUCCUCGUCUGACUGUAUCCGUUCGAGAUCGUCACUCAGGCUACAGCCGAACCAAAGUUGAGAGGCGGCUUCAAAGUGAAUCUGGGAGACACGACUUUUUGACAAAUGUAUCGGAGAAGGUGAAGAGUGGGGAAGUAUCCCGAGAGGAGAUGACAGCUCAUGCGUCAACUUUGGUUAUUGCUGGAGGGGAGACGGUCGCGACAUUCCUAGCGGCAGUAACAUUCUUCCUCCUCAAAAACCCUGCGACGUAUCUCAAACUCCAGCAUGAGAUCCGCAGUAAGUACAGCUCGCUGAACGAUGUCACUGCCAUGUCCGCCCAGCAGUUGCCAUAUUUACAGGCGGUGAUUUCGGAGGGCCUCCGAAUGUACCCGCCUGGGUCGCAAGGCUUUCCUCGGACUUGUCCUGGCUCAACUAUCGACGGCCAUUGGGUUCCAAAAGGAACCGAAGUGUACACAAGUGCAUGGACAGUGACACACGAUGAGCAGAAUUUCCACAGGCCAUAUGACUUCAUCCCGGAGAGGUGGAUUGGCACGAAUCGUGUAGACAACCUCGAAGCCAGCCAGCCGUUCUCACUGGGACCCCGCGGGUGUUUGGGGAAGAAGUAA